ACGGAACGACAUACUACAUUUAGGAAUCGGGUUCGAGAUGCCGUAUGGGUAUUCACAUGCGGAAUCUUUAUAACUAUGUAAUUUGUAGAUCUAGAUGUAAGUUGGACAGUGACAGAAGACUUGGGAAGUCACAUAACUCAACUUACUGAGUCUAUAUACAUGUAGUAAAGUUCAAAUUACACAAAUGGCUUCGUCUAUAUUACGAAAAAGCUUACAACUUUUUGAAGAAGAGCCACUGAAAGAGAAAGGUAUUUCUAAAGAGAAAAGAAAGCGUUCUGUAAAAGAUGACACCACAGAUGACUCUUCUAAGCGAGGUGUAAAAAAGCGGAAGAGGAAACACUUCAUCAGUAAAGUGAAGACAAAACUGUCACGGGAAUCUGCCCUAGAGACCUACAACAAAACUAAAUCCAUGGACCACACUGAAGAUUCUCUGUAUUACAUCAACAUGAUUUCAAACAUUGGAGGAAAACCCGAUUCAAAGGCAGUAACUACAAUUUUGGAACACAACAGAAGAAGGUCGACAAAGAGUGAUAAGAAAACGGAAACCAAAUCAGAGCAGACUCAGUCCAUCUUCAGUGAGAAAGACUUUGAAAAUUUCAGGAAAGAGUAUUUAAAUUCAUGACACUUAGGAUUUUACAUGUACAUGGUUUUUUUCUGUUGUGAACUGUGGAAUAUGUACAUUAAUUCAUAUGUAAUGUAUGAGAAAUUACAUGAAAUUGAUAUACAAUUUUUGUAAUUGAUUUCAUAGUAUUUUAAAUGGGAGAUUUCCUUUUUCACAACUGUCAUGUUUUUGUGUGUGCAAGUAAAAUAUGAGUAAAAUAAACACAACUAAAUGAA